AUGGCAGGCAAAAAUGGUCAAGUCAUGGAGGCUGCAGCCAGUGGGAGCGAUUCAACGACGACAACGCUCACACUGGUGACUGCGGCAUUGGUGAUGAUUCCGCUGGCCCUCAUGCUCAAGAAGCUCCUGUUUCCCGAUUUCGACCCCCGAGAGCCUCCUGUUCUCCGACCAAGGCUGCCCUUUUUCGGACACAUUGUCUCUCUGGUGAGAGAGUCGGGUAACUUCUACGCCCGACUGUAG